AGCAACUUGAGGUUUAACUUGGUGACAGCUUCAAUAAAAUAGAAGAAAAACCUAAUYAUCUCACCAUACAAAUAAAUUUUMAUCUUGGAGACUACUGGAUUGAGCGAAAAGGAAAGCAAACCUACAGUAUCUGCAUGUUUCUUCAUUUUCUUUGGAUGUCAUCGCAGUUAUCAACGCUUCUUGAGCGUGCUUGGUGAUGAACAAAUGUUGAAAAGACAACAAAGAAUUUCAUGAAAAACGKUAAGUUUGCUCAGUUCACUGACUUCAAGUAAGGAGGUAUGCAAAGAACAAACCGUCCACAGCGUCAUUCAGUUGCAAGCUUUCCCUUCAUYGUAACUCCAGAGAMUUCCGAAGUUAUAAACAAACCGAGUUUUUUGGAGCUUUUAAAUCCAAAACGAGAGGACGUAGCUUGUAAAGGACAAACAGCUAAGCUACAUGAACGAGCCGGUGGAAAUAAGUCACCGGAAUCGUCUCGCAGAAUCUCUCUGUCUUACAAACCAUACCUAGAGGCCGGCGGCGCUGSUGAAACUCCAGCAAGACGAUAUUCCACCUCAAGCAUCAGCUCACGAYUAUUUUACUCAAGAAACGAAAARCCUGUACAAGAUGAUAAUGAAUACAAGUCCAGUACACAGUCUUUAACUACCGAAGACARCAGUUUCAACGCCAAAGGAAGUAAAAUUCUCGAAGAUUCAAAUAAAUUGCCGAAGAUUGUAUUGACGGCUCCCGAUCAGAAACCAGAAAAGAAUAAGAAGAAAAGAAAAAAGAAAAAAGUUGAGAAGGAAUUGAAAUCUACUGAAAUCGAUUUGAAUGAGGAUAUUGGAGUUGAGAUGAGCCUUGAUAAAGAUGAUGYUGUUGUGRUUCCUGAAAUUCCUACUGUACCCAGUAGYAUCAAUAGCAAUGAUAAUAGCGACGAAGAUGACAGCAAAGAUUGGAAAUAUAAAUUAGAAUCACAAUAUUUUCAAUUAGGAUGGGAUACCACGAAAGCUUUUACAUAUUCUUAUUUUCCAAAACUUAAAAAAGAACGAAAAAAUGGAAAAGAGAGAAAGAACAUGAAAAUCGAGAAGAAAGCAGCGUCUACGCAUUUCCACGUCCAGACGUCAUGACACACGAAGACCUCAGACAAACGAAACCACAUCCAUCAGUCAGUCAGUGAUGUAAAAUAGGUACAAAUGAAAAUAACGGACAUCCAAGGUGUACACGUUUCCGUCUUCGCCGACAUUUAUAUACUCAUCUUGGUCACGUUAGCCGCCAUGACGGUGUUCAUUUCAUAUUCAAAUGCAUGCAAAUUAGCCAUGCGGUCUUACAAAAAAUAAACCACAAAUGUCACAGUUAACAUUCCCUUACUGACAAACAAGACAACCAAUAAAUCGAUGUUUCAGUA